GAAGCUUUAAAGAGGGAGGUGUGGCAGGGGCGUGAAGUCAGUGUCCCGGAUUUGGCUUGCUGAGUCCAUCCAGGGGCGCGUGCGCGAUGAAGGCUCUGCCCCUCCUCCCCCUCCUCCUCGCUGGCCUGGCGCUGCUGGUGUGCGGCCGGUCUCUGUGUCCAGUGGAGGAAGCCAUCAACGAGAAGGUCCACGAUGCUUCCCACGCAAUCCUGGAGACCCUGAGGACCCUUGGGCUGAGCUGCCGAACCGUCACCUCCAGGGGUGACCUGGCCACCUGCCCCUCAGGCUUCGCCGUCACCGCCUGCACUUGCGGCUCCUCCUGUGGCUCGUGGGACGUGCGUGCCGAGACCACAUGCCACUGCCAGUGCGCGGGCAUGGACUGGACGGGGGCGCGCUGCUGUCGCCUGCAGACCGCGGCCUGAGUCGCCGCCGAGCGCCCGGCGGGCGGGCUGGGGGGCGUGGCCAGGCCCAGAGGGGGCGGGGCUGGAAAUAAACCCCUGGAAGACGA